UUGCAAAAAAAAAAAGAAAAAAACAACACAGAUUGUGAAGAGAAGAACAAAAUUAAUUUAAUAACUGCGUAAGAUAAAAAUAAGUACAAUAAAUAAUAAAAAUGUUUUGUUGUUUAAGAAACUGUCUAAAUGGAAAUAUACACAAAACAAAUGCAAUUGUUAGUAAAGUACGGGAGCCUGAAAUACAUUUGGAUGCAGCACAUAUUGGAACAGAAGUAAUUUUACUUUCAAAUUAUUUGCGCAUAACUGGUACUGGCGGCUGUGUGGCCACUGCACCUUUAGUACAAUCAAAAUCAUAUUUUGAAGUAAAAAUUCAACAAAAGGGGCUGUGGUCUAUUGGUUUGGCGACACGUCAGGCUGAUUUAAACAAGAAAUUUGGUGGCCUUGAUAAGGAAUCGUGGUGUUUAUGUUCCGACAAUGUAACCCGACACAAUGGCGAAGAGUAUGGUCCCGUGGUGGCCUAUACGAAUGAACCGAAAUUGCAAAACGGUGGUGCUGGUGGCAUGAUACUAAAUGGUUCAGCGGUUCCUGGUUUAAUAGGUAUAGAAGAUAUAAAUGAGGAUUUACUAUUGACAACGGGUAAAAGUGAGAGUGAUGUAAAGGAAAAUAGUUUAACAAAGACUGAUACUGAGGGUAGUUUGGAAGAACAAUCGCAUAGCUUUCCCGAUGAGGGUGAUAUUGUUGGCGUUUCAUUUGAUCAUAUUGAAUUAAAUUUUUACUUCAAUGGUAAAAAUCUGGAAGUACCAUUUCGUAAUGUUAAAGCUAGUACGGUGUAUCCGGUUAUUUUUGUCGGUAAUGGAGCAAUAUUAGAUAUUAUUCUAAAUAAUUUUCAUUAUGCACCGCCUGCCGGUUUUGAAAAUAUUAUGCUUGAACAAUCUCUAUUGUAAAAAUCAAACAAUAAUUUAGCUAUUAAGUUAAAUCCUUA